UAAGAAUUUAGAUUACAGGGCAUAAAGUUAAAAACUUGCUGUGGAGAAGUAUAGUUAAACUAAACAGACUCAAACCAGUAACCACCAGUCAGAAACCUAAUGAACAGUUCCUAAAAUUGACUUUUACUGACUGAGCAGCUGGCAUGUCGACGUCUACGCUGCGACGACGACAGACUGAGGCUGAGAAGAAUGUUGUUCGUCUGCAGAACAUCAUGCCGGACAGGUUCAUCUCUAUUUGCCGUAUGCACCUGUCCUUUAUCCUUGAUCUGGAUGGUGAUGGGCUGGAGGAAUUACUGAGUGAUUCUUACAAGGACAAGAAAAAGCCCUUUACACCAUUCUCUAAAAAGAAAGGACCAGAGAAGUGUGUGUUGUUUGGAUCCCCUUUAACACAGGACAAUAUGGCUCAGAUUUAUCAGCUGAUCGAGUUUCUUGGAAGAGCAACAAGUUUGGAGACAGAAGGCCUGUUCAGGAAGUCAGGUAAUAUUGGUCGUCAGAAAGUAUUGAAAGAAAGGCUGAACAACUGUGAAGACCUGGAAUUGGACAGUGGAGACUUUUCUCCUCACGACUGUGCCACUGUUCUCAAGACAUACCUGGGGGAAUUACCAGAGCCUCUUGUCACAGACAAACACUACCUGGCUCACUGUCAGGUCACAGAAUUGGUGAGAGAAAACAUGACUAGCCGUGAAACGUCACGAGCCAAGAAGAAACAGCUCAAGGCUCUUCAGUUGUUAGUAUUGCUUCUGCCCAGAGAGAAUGCGUUGUUGUUGGAAUGCCUGUUGGACCUACUACAUAAGGUGUCUGUUGUGGAGAAGAAUAUGAUGAACCCCAAGUCUCUGGGGACGGUGUUUGCACCUCACCUUAUCUGCCCGAGAAAGUUGUCACCAGUAGAACUCCAUGCUGUGUCCUCCUUGACAGCAGAUUGUGUGUCAUUCAUGAUUCAACAUGCUCAUGAGCUAUUCAAGAUCCCGCGGGAGGUGGCCAUGGACGUGGGGAACUUCUGGAAGGAGAUGGAGGAUCCGAACAGGAGAGCUAUGUGUCAGCUGGAGGACUUGUCUGUCCUGAUGAGUGCUUCUAAAAGGCAGAAGAUGGAGACAAGUUGUAUUAAAAGGGACUCUAAUGAGGUGAUAAACACCAUUGUGAGUUUUGCGGAUCGUGAGAAGACACAGGAGGCGGAAUCAUCGAUGGACACCCAGGUCGCACUGGCUCAGCUCUAUGCUCAUGUACAGUCCAUGCCUGAGUCAGCCAGGAAACGAAAACUUCUUAAACAGUUCAACCGGGCAAACAGGGUUGGUCUUCCAUCAGGAAAACAUAACCGCAGUAAAUCAUUUGGAGAUGCCUUAAAGAAGCAUCUUCCUGGUAUGUCAAAACACAAGAGGGGGAACUCAAACCAUGACACAGUCUUUUCUGGCUCAACAGAGUGGUACUCUACAGAGGGUAUAAACGUAGAUGCUCUGGACAGUGCGGAUGAGUCUCUAUUUGGUACUCCAGUAGUACGACAGAGGACCUUCUCUGAUAGUGAAACGUCACAGUCUUCCCCACACAUCCCUUCCCCUGUCACAAGGCUACGCUUUGAGAGUAAUGGCAGGCCCAAAUCUCCAAGGACCCCUGCAACUCCGCGGGUUCACAUUGUUGACAUGAGCCUCACCCCCUAUAACAGGUCGAUGCGGAAACGCAGGAGCAGUGAAUCUCUAGACGAAGAGAUAAUUCUGCCUUCAAAAGAAAAGAGAACUCCAAACACGCUGGGGACCCCUAAAACUCCCAAUACUCCUGCUCAGAACACACCUAAAGCUCAGAACCGAGGGACGAGCACGCCAGAACAGCUGCCCUCAUCAGAGAACGAGAUCAACUAUAUCAGUCAACAGGCUCCGAGUAAACGCACCCUCCCCACCACCCCGAAUUACUCCAUCAAGGGGCGACCUGUGGCAUUGGUCUCCCCCAUCACCAAGUCUGUCAUCAAGGCCUCCAGGAGCACCAGGAGAGCACCUGGUGUGAGACUUGCCAAACGUCACAUGAUCUGAUUCAGCAAUCAGUCCUUGUUUCCCCACAGAGAGCUGCAAUGACUCCACGUUCCAGAGCUCCCAUGGCUUUACUGCAAUACUCACCAAUAACACUAGAGAGCUCCAUCUGAGCUGUUUUCUCCCUCGUGAAGUAUAAGCUCUAACAAUGAACUGUUGGCAAUACGGUACAUGUAUAUUAAAACAAGUAUGUAUUUAUUAUAACUUGAUUUCUCACCUUAAGCACAUCUAAAUUAUGUUCUUCUGUUUUGUUUCAGCAGAUGAUGCUAAUAGUAUCAGUAACGUCAGAACUGAAGUCGAACAUUUCAGUUACUUGUACACUGUAGACUGGUUAAUGACAUUUGUAAGGCUCAUCUGACCACUCAAGUCAAGAUUUGGAAAUUAAAUUUAAUUAAAUUGAAAAUUACAGAAUGUGAUUUAUACACACACAACACAACAAAAAAAUGCCACUUGAAGAAACCUCUCGUUUUAUCUGUGGACCACCUUUUGUAUGGAGGUUGGUCUGCUUUGUUACCUACUAGAUUACCUCUGUUAACAGGUCAUUGUGUGGUUUUAAUUUUUAUUUCUUUAUGUUCACAGUGUAGUUCACUUGGCAUUUAUGUAUGGAUUUGAAUCCAGUACAUUACAUUUACAUUGUAAAUUGGAAAUUGUGUAUGUACAUUUAGAAGGAAUGUCAUAUAUUUCACCUGUUUUUCAAGUACAUACAUGUACAAGUACUAUGUAGGGAUUUUAUGAUUGUAUUUACUUAGUCUUUAGUAGCUAUUUUACACUGAGUAUUAUUCAAAUAAAUAUCACAAAAUUUUAUCACCAUCAGAGGAAGUUCGCCAUUUGUCUGGUAACAGUUGAGUCUGGCUAUAUUUUAUGUUAAAUGCAUGUACUGUUGGUAUCAUAAUGUUAUUUUAGAGAGCUCCAUUUGGGCUGUCUAUUUUAUCUCUGCAUGAAUACAUUUUUAGAACUGCAUGUAUAUAGUAUUACAUUUUCUCCAAUAUUUUUUGUAAAUAUAGCUAUUGUAAAUACUACUAAGGUUCCUUUCUGCGCUACUUUGGGGUGCCCCUCGCCAGAAAGUCAGUGGUCCGGAAAAAAAAGGGAAGAACUUUUACAAGGUAAUACCUACAGUUAAGGCAUCUUUUUUGUUUAUUUCCUUUAUGUUUUAUAUACAGCUUGUAAAACUUUACACUAGUUUGUCAAGUGUGUGACAAAAUCUGGUGAAAUGGGGUGGAUCUCUGCAGGCUUUGCCUGUAUUACCCUUAACAAAAAAAAAGAGACAAAUUAGACUGUUUUGUGGAAGGGGCCCUAGUUUGACACUCUAUUGACUGACAGUAAGGUCUUGUCCUUUAUGCAGGGAAACUAAGGGAAACCUGAGAUAAUCAUAAUGAAGUUUCUUCCCCAGGUGCAGGAAUGUAUUGAACUGAUAACAGUAUUCAGAUGCCAAAUCUUAUACUCAGAUAACUGUUUCUCUCUGAGGAAGCCAUUUUGACCCUAACCACGUAAUUGUAGGCAGAAUAGAAAUUAGAGUUAGUUACUCCAUCUUCACUCAAAAGAUAUCUGGUUCUGGUUGUCAGCAGGAACAAAAUGUCCUGUUUCCAAGUAUUUAGUAUAUAUUAGGCUUUAGCAUAUGUCUGAAGCAUGAAGCGUGUAGUUUUGAAAGGCCUGUGACUACUAGUACCCACAAGUGUUGGUUGUCAUGGAAUUGGUGUAUGCUGCCGACAGGCUUGUACAUGUAUGUAAAAAUAUCCUCCUGUGCCACCUUUAAUUUUGUAAGUUAAUCCAAUGCCCUUAAAGGAAUGCACUUCUGAUUAGGCUAGGCCUAAUUACACAGCCAAACAUUUUCCACAAUAAUGAAUAGUGCCUUUAGUGCUGAACACCUUAGCAUACUGAUCUCUUCUACGUUUUUGUCUUGUAAGCACUCCCAUAUUGUGCGUGCGAUCAUAUAGUUGGAUAUAAUGAGCUUGUAAUGAAUCGGUUUUCAUUAUUUUCUCAGCAGGAUAGAUGGCAUGUACUUAGGAUCAACUUCAUUCAGCCAAACAUAUGUGAACUUUUGAUGGUCUUGUACUGCAAGUGUGGCUUGAACAUCCAUGUAUUUUUCAGCAUGUUGCUUCAGGGCACAGCCUCAUGUUGACAUGCAGAUUUUAUUUAUAACCUGUCCAAUGCAAUGAAUUGAUCCCAGUGAUGGAAAAACUGUAACCAUGUGACAUGUACAUUGCUGAGUAUGUAUCAUACAAUGACACUUUCUACUUGCUUAAGCCCGAUUAUCUGAAUAAUGGAUAUAUGUAAUAUUUACAAGAAGUGACACCAACUCUACCAACAGGGAUAGCUGAGACUGGGACCAGAAUAAAUGUAUUAUCUUUCGUCAGAAAAGUUGACCAAAGCCAUUCUGUGUAUUCAGUUUAUAGUAUUUUGCCCUGUACCAGGGUUUUACACUUUGGUUCUCAACUUAGUACAGGAAUAUGCAUUCCAUUUACAGUUUAUUUAUCAAAAUAUUUUAUCGGUUUUUCCCAGUGUCGUUUAUGUCGACAUUAUUGCCAGUUGUACAGAUUAUUUCUUUCUCAUUCCUUUCCUCUAUCAGUCUUGAAAGUUUGCUUUCAUCUACACACCUGUAAAUUAGCCUUCUGUUAGAAUAGCAUGUGAAUGUUGCAUGUAUUGUUACUUUUAUGUAUAAUAAAGUCUUUUAUGUAAUUGA